AUGGUAGUUUACCUAAACAGGUCAGGAAAUGAUCACGUCAGUUUAUCUUUUAAGAUAAAAAGUAACAUUAAGAUCGCCGCAGGAAAGGGAAUUCACCACAGUCAAGGAUUCUGGAUUCUAGGUCGUGGAUUCCGGCUUCCAUGCGAGGUACUGGAUUCCAGUCUUUGUCAGUAGAAUUUGGAUUCUGGAUUCCUUGAGCUGUAUUUCGGGUUCCAAAGCCCAGGAUCCCGGAUUCCAUGAGCAAAAAUUUCCCUGUUCCGGAAUCCGGAUUCCCUUUCAUUGGGGUAUCAGGAACUUAUUUGGGUCUAGGUUGAGUCAGUCGGUCGUUCAGUCAGUCGUGUUUCUCGAGAAGCCGGAGGAGAUUGCUAACGGGCCGAGAGGGAAUUGGACAAAAGCCUCUUCUCCUUAGUUUCCCCUCGUCUAUGACUUACUUUGUUUGACGGACUUUUUAUCUUUUUCAGUGUUUAGCAUAUGAAGCAGGAGAGGUGUCUGGAUCGUUCUGUUCUGAUCUUUGCGAACAUAAUAAAAUUCAGCUUGGACAAUGUCUCUCAACGGUGCCUGAAAAGCAAAUCUAUGAAGCAGACUGGGAGGACAAGCAAGUCAUACUUAAAAUCAAUGUGACCUGGUUCAAGGAGUUCAGUAUACGCCGGGACAUGAAAGACAGCGAUGCAGCGGCGAUGUAUAAGAACGACGUUUCCGCAAGAGCAAGAACGAUGUUUGGAGAUUGCUCUCAAUGCCACAAACUAACAUCUGCUUUAGCGAUUCUUGGAGAUAGCAACAGUGAUGGGAUAGUGACAGGUACCGAGGCCAAAACAUUCAUUUCCUUGCUGCAGUUUAUAGAACCCUUGAUGUUGAUAGCUUUAAAUGACAGCAAGUACACCGUGGAUUUCUAUGGGUACUGUGGUGGAUUGUACGCAGUCGAGAAAGUGCCUCUUAUCGCCUCAAAAAUAUUUGGAACUACCUGGGAACUGUUGGAACUACCCGGGGAUAUGUUAGAGCCACUUAAGGUUACUUUCAAUUACUAUGUAGGAAAAAUCGUUCAUGCUGCAGCUUUUUAUGCGCAAUAUGCCGAUACAAUUUUAAAGAGGACUUUGGCUUUGAAUGAUUACCCUAUAUUUUCUAACCUCUUUUCGGUACAUUUUCCAAGCAGAAGGGAAAAAUUUCAGUUUGCGUGUUCUUUGCUCGAUACGAUAAUGAGCCUGUCGGAACAUCCUUACGGCCUGGUGCAGCAGUGUGACGGACACCUAGGAAAUUUUGGGAUCACCAGUAACGCAUCUGUCAAAAUUAUUGAUUUGGAUUUGUUGUUUCCUUAUUUUUACAUUAAGGAUCAUCUGGAGCGAAAAGAAUGUCUGUCAGACGAGGUGUGUUGGGUGGGAAAUAAUCGCUUUUGUUUGUCAACUUGUGAUUCCAGCAAGGGAUUUUGCUCAUCAGACAUGCUGUACCAAGAUUUACACGUCGUUUGCGAAGGUUUUUUACCUCAAAUCUUCGAUGAUUCUGGUAUUGUAGAAGCAAAAGGACAUAACAAUACUGUACUGAGACGGGCUAUAGAGGGCCUUGGCUCGUAUUGCAGUAAACUACCAUCGGUGUACUCAUCCCGUGAAAUGAGACUUAGGAUCCUUAAUGUCAAAAAGAAGCUUCGAUCGAUUGAAAACAAAUCAACAUGUACAGAAAAUUGUUAA